ACCCUCUAGAGCCUCCCCUCCACAGCAACACAUACCGGAAGUGGAACUCUCGAGCAGACGGAAAGAAUCAUGGCGUCCAUCGUCUGUCGAUCGUCGAGGUUAGCCGACAAAUUCCUCUUGAAACAUGCAUCAAAGCUCUUAUGUGCCCCCUGUCUGGCAAGCCCCACACCCAGGCGACACCUUUCAAUUCAUGAACACAAUGCCAUGAAACUUCUGCAGGACGCAGGCGUCGGGGUGCCAUCAUUCCGUGUCGCUAACAGUGCUGAGGAAACGUACACGUAUGCCAAAGAACUGGCUGAUCUGACUGGAGUGUCAGAUGUGGUCGUCAAAGCACAAGUCCUGGCCGGGGGCAGAGGCAAAGGCAGCUUCGAGAGUGGACUCAAGGGUGGAGUCAAGAUCGUCUUCUCAGCUGAGGAGGCAAAGGAUAUAGCCAGUAAGAUGAUAGGGUGGAAGAUCAUCACCAAACAGACCGGGUCUGAGGGACGAAUGUGUAACCAGGUGAUGGUUUGUGAGAGACUGUAUUCAAGAAGAGAGUACUACUUUGCCAUUGCCAUGGAGAGAGCAUUCAUGGGCCCUGUCAUGGUGGCAAGUUCACAGGGAGGUGUGAACAUAGAGGAAGUGGCAAGGGAAAACCCCAGCGCCAUUCUUAAGGAGGCCAUAGACAUCAAGAAAGGCAUGACAAGAGAACAGGCGACAAAAAUGGCAGAACAAAUGGGCUUCUCAGGCAACUGUGCAGAACAGGCUGCUGAUUACAUGAUCAGACUUUACAACGUGUUUACCAAGUUUGAUGCAACACUGAUAGAGAUAAACCCCAUAGCUGAGGACUCUUCAGGAAGAGUUCACUGCAUGGAUUGUAAGAUCAACUUUGAUGACAAUGCAGCUUUCCGUCAGAAAGCAAUCUUCAGUCUUCAGGACUGGUCACAGGAAGACCCCAGAGAUAAGCAAGCUGCUGAGGCAAACCUCAACUACAUCGGGCUGGACGGCAGCAUUGGCUGUCUGGUUAAUGGUGCUGGCCUGGCUAUGGCCACGAUGGACAUAAUCAAACUCCACGGCGGGUCUCCUGCCAACUUUCUGGAUGUGGGAGGCGGAGCUACAGCCGAUCAGGUCACCGAGGCAUUCAGGCUGAUCACAUCAGACAAAAAUGUACAUGCAAUUUUAGUGAAUAUUUUCGGUGGCAUUAUGCGAUGUGAUGUGAUAGCUCAGGGAAUUGUGGCUGCGGCAGAUAAACACCUCAAGAUACCCAUUGUUGUCAGAUUACAAGGUACAAGAGUUGACGAUGCUAAAGCCUUGAUAGCAGCGAGUGAUAACCUCAAGAUUUUAGCCUGUGACAAUCUCGAUGAAGCGGCUCAAAUGGUUGUCAAGCUGUCCACGAUUGUUGGUUUGGCACGAGAAGCAGCCGUCGACGUUAAAUUUGAAUUACCCUUGUAGUGAAAAAAAAGAGUAUUUAACUUAACCCCUUGUAUUAUAAUAAUAGAGACAGUUGAAACAAUGGCAAAAAAAAAAAAAAAAUACGGUUUAAAAGACUUUCAGGAUAAAUAUACAUCUAGCAGCACAUAUCUGGAACGCUGUUUUCCCAGGACUUGUUUACAGAAUGUUGUUGUUGAUUUUAUUUUAGGUUUGUAACUGUAUUUAAACUAAAAUAAGGGUACAUGUACGUAUGCUAUUGCCUGGGUUCACUGAUAGAAACUCCACACAUUUAUCUGAAGACACCUCUGUGUUAUUUCUUUUUGAGUUGCACGUAUUGCCCAAUUUUACAGUGGUCAAGUUUUGAAGAGGAUUUGACUAUAGUAAAGGAAUACCUGAUUUUGUUGGCUUAUUAAGAGAAAAUUUUAGUGUACCUUAGUGUGGAUUGAUUUAAACUGGUCUGUACUGGUUUAACGUUCUGCUUUGUAAUGUUCAGUAUUGUAAGUGGUCAGUCUUGCUCAUUUCAUGUAACUUGAGCCAUUAAAGUCUUAUCUUUUCUCUGGGAGGCCAGUAUCCGUACUCCACGACUUCAGUACGAUAGCACCAACAGCCUAACUGGACCAGUGUGUUGACAUAGUGCUUUGUUAUUAUUUGGAAACAGUGGUGUCACCUGAUCAGGCUGACCAAUCAUUUGGGAUUUUCGUUUGUAGCCAUUCUGUGAUUGGUCAGACAAAGCCAUCCACUCUAACAUUUGCCUUUCUACAAAUGGAAGAAAAAUUGAUUAAUUUUCAUCUCCCAGUGAAAAUAACUCGGCAAAAUAUUAUUCGGCUCGCUAAUCUUGCUAAAAACAAAGCAUUAGAGAUGUGAGGGAGAGUGCCAUAGUAAGGUACAAUAUUCAAAGCCAUCAUAUCUUGUGUGUUUUGUUUUAUUUUGGAGAGGUGUUGUGAUUGUAGUGUAUCUACUGUCUGUACUGAGGAGCGAGUUAAAUAAACAGGCAAUCUCAUGGAAUUUUUGGUAUUAAAAUGUGUCCAAAUCUGUUCAGUCUGUGAACUCUUUCCUCAACAAAACCCAUAGAAAUUGUGAAAUUUUUCCUCAUUGCUAAAAAAACAUGUCUUUGUUUUCUGAUUGGUUAUGAAACUCAUUUAAAGGGAAGGGUCAGUAGUUGUCGUUGGUUUAGCAUAAUGUCACAGGAGCGUCAUUUCGCUCUCCAUCUUAUCGUGUCUUUGUUUAUCCAGGCGUGUCCUCAAGCGUUUUAUGUUUGUGCGAUUUAGUCAUGUUAUAUCGUGUGCAAGCUUUGUGCAUUUUGGCCAAAUUCUCUGGCAUCUUUUGGAAGUGCUCAUAAGCUAAACAAUGAGGAAUUUAUUGAAAUAAAGGCUAUCGUUAUGCAAAAAGAAAACACCUAGUUCUAACAUCAGAGGUGGACUAACGCAAACUGUUUUUUAAUUCUCUUUAAAAGAUGUUAUAAAACAACAAAAACAUAUCAAUAUCCCGUUGAUAAUACUUCAGUUAAAAUUUUCAUUACUCUGAAAAGCAGAUGCAUUUAUAGUAUACAAGUAUUAAAUGUACAAUGUAUUCAAAUGGAUUUAAAACUUUCAAUUUAUCUGAUUUCAGUCAAGCAUGUUUAGACAGUGUGUGCUGAACUGAAUGUAAAUAUUUUGUAAAGAAGAAAUACCCCAAAAGUAAACUAGCAUGAAGUGCAUUGAUGUGCUGUAUGUUCUCUGAGAAAGUCAAUAAAACUGAAAGGUACAAUGUUAUGAUUAA